UUGUUAUUUUUACUUAAAGUAUUUGUGCUAUAGUAAUUUAAAUUAAAGUAAAAUAAUUAUUAAAAUUAAAAAAUCUUUUAACUCUAAAAAAUUGCGUCGAAUUCUGGGAUUACAAUUGAAAGUUUUGGAUAUUAUUCAAGUAAAAUAAAAGGUAUCUUGGAAAUUCUCAAUACAACCUCUUAUAUUUUUCAUAAUUGAUAUUGGAAAUUCCAAACAUAACCUGGAUGUCAAAUAAAAACUUGGAGUGAAUUUUUCUUUUUUCAAAAAAUCAUAAAAAUUUUUCAAUAACUGAAAAAGAAAACUUAUUUAUUCCCGACAAAAUAGUUUACUGAUCUUACCACAGCAAAAAUGUUGAAAACGAUAAUGCAAUUUUCUGAAAAACAUAAAAUUAUUAGAGGAAUGAUUAGUUACGCUCUUCUAUGGCCAUGCGGUAGUUUAAUUGAACAAACUUUUGUAGAAAAAAAAAAUUUUAGUAAUUAUGAUUGGUCAAAAUGUAUCAAAUUCAGUUUAUUUGGUGGUUUCUUUAUGGGACCAACAAUUUAUAUAUGGAUAAGAUUAGCUGGAAUUAUGUGGCCACGUACUGAUAUUAAAUCAUCAAUUUCUAAAGCAUUAACAGAACAAUUAUCAUAUGAUCCAUUUAUGAUAGCAUCUUUCUUAUAUGGUAUGAGUAGAAUGGAAGGAAAGGAUCAUAAAAGAGCUGCUGAAGAAAUAAGAAAUAAAUUCUUUGAUACAUACAAAAUUGGAGUCAUCUAUUGGCCAAUUGUACAAACAUUUAAUUUUACAUUUAUACCACCAAAAAAUCAAGUUGUAUUUACAUCAACAUUUAGUAUGUUUUGGACAUCUUUUCUAGCUUACAUUAAAUCAGUUAAUAUUCAUCAUCCAGUUGAUUUAGAAGUACAUUUGAUUGAUGAUAUUGUUCAUUUCUUGGAAUUAGUUUAAAAUUUUAAAAUUAUUUGUUUUGUUCUUCAAAUUUAUAUUCAAUUUUAUUAAAUUUGUGAAUUAAAUUAGAUUUUAUGUAAUUU